AUGCGAAUAGCUUCAAUUUCCCGGUGUUUUGACGAUGCUCGACCGCCAAUCAUCAUAUUCGACUACGACGGCGCGGCCGUUUGCGUACCGAACAGUGAUGGAGAAAUCCUCCGGCCCAACUUCAACGACAUCCCAACUGUUUACAAUGACGACCUUGUCGCAGCAUUUCCAGAGGCCAAAGGCGAUACCGGUGGUUUUCUCUUCAAGACGAACUUAGAUUUUGAUGGCGAGGAUAUGUUGUUUUGCCGCGGAGUCGCUGGCCUUCGAGGUUUUGAGCGAUGGGUUGAUGAGCUGACCAACAAGAAAAAGAUUCGGGAUGGGGAAGGCACCCGCGAGUACGAUGCCACGGACGCCCACAUCGAGGUCAACUUCAUCAAACUGCCCCCUCUGCACGAGAUCACCGAUUGCGUCUUCCAUCUCGCACAGCCACACAGCAAUGCAGUCGAUAUCGGCAAUAUGAUAACUCCCUUCGAAGCCCACAGCGGAGACGUCGCAGGCCAAGUACUUGCCAAGGUCAAGUUUCACACGGCAAAUGACACCAAUUGUAUCGACGAUCGCAAGCCCGUAUGGACAGGUAAUACUGGAACUUACCACGUCGCCGGAGCAAGUACAUCUCCUGACAGAGCCCGAAACUCUGAGCCCAUGAGCAACAAGCGCCAGCACGAUGCCGAUGUGGCCAGCGAAGAGCAGCGCCGUCUGGUCAAGAGAGCAAGGAGCGACGUAACGAGCGAGGCUGAGGCAUUUACUCUGCUGUCCGUCGACGAUAUUGUGUUCGAGACAGGCACCAACGUUGGCGAUAUUAGCCACGGCAGCUUCGCUGCCUUUUUUGAACCAGACCCUCGACUGAAUACCGACGACGCAGGUCAAUUACCCAUUGCUGGGCACGCUCCCGUAAGGUUCCAUUACAGUUGGAAGACAUUCGAUGAGUGUAUGAGAGAGCGCCUUGGGUUAGGAGGGACCGAUAACAGCACCUACUGCUGUACGUUUAUAUGUGUCCCCAGCACAGCACAACCCCUUCUUCGGUACGAGUAUCACUUUACCGGCCAAGUCGGCUUUGGCACGCUUGUACAGCUGCUUGAAGCAAGGCUAGUCGGGUGUCAGUUACCUAUCGUCAGAGGGGUCCUCGAUGAGGUAUCAGCCUCCGUCCGGUUCACCUCAAGCCGCAUGACGCUCAGCGGCGACUACCUCCUUCGCGCAGACGCUACCCAUGAAAGAAACCAUGACGAAGACCAUAUGGACCUGACAGGGUAA